UCAAUGGACGAUUAUAUUAUAAUUAUUACUUACUAUUAAAAAAAUAAAAUCGUCCACUAUUAUGUUUAAAUCACUAUUGAACUUCAAUUAUAAUUAGACAGGCAAUUAUUAUUCAGAGAUAAUUAUACGAAAAUGACACACACCGAGCAACUAUUUGGUAAGAAUUAUAAGAACUGCUGUUGGUGUUCAUCAAUAUCUGAUUUUCAUUAAAAAAAUGCGGGGUUCAUAUUUAUAUGCGUUUAUAAUAAUAAAUUUAACAUGUUAUAUUUGCAUUUGUUUAGGCACUACCAACAAAACGAUCUCCAUUUCCAAUCAACUUUUGGACCAAAACACCCCCAUUAAUGAACCAUUAAUGGGAAAGUACACCAAGUGAGUAGUAUUUUAAUUAGGGUUUACUUAAUAUGCGAUAUAUGUUAUCUUUUGAAAAGAAGACUUCAUUGAGUAACUUAAAGUAAUGCACUAUAAAUGUGCCCAUAUAACUAUAAUAAUGCUCUACCUAAAGCUUUUAAAACUGAUAAUUUUUUUCUGUGAAACCUCUAUUAAUGAAUAUCUCUCAAUAGUGGAUCCUUCCCAAUAGUGAACACUUAAAUUCCCCGUCAAAAAUGUGUGUCCAUAAUAGUAGUUAUAACCUGUUAAUAGUGGACACUCCUGAUGGUGGACAUGGAUACUAAAAACUGGUACCAAAAUUAAAAAUUGCCUCUCAUAAAUGGACACAAUACAUGUACAUACUGAAAAUGUUUCAUGAAUAAAAAUACUAUACAUAUUUAUUUUUUACAUAUUUUAUUCAUAUAUUAUCUUACCCUAAGAGGAUAGUAUAUACCCGCAUUUACUGUUUCAGACCUCAGCCCAACAACCGGAUAACAUGUAAAAAUAAUGCUUACGCAGAAUAAGUAAAACCAGCUUAAUUUUGAUUAUAGAGGAAAAGUACACAUACAAUUUAAAGGGAACAGUAUUUUAAAGAGAACAUCAGAGAUGUUUUUUAAUUGUGAACUAUUAAAAAAGUUAAAGUUAUUUAAAAACAAAAAAAAAAAGAUUUUUGUAUCUAUUAUAUCGAGCUGUAUAUUUGGAAUAAUACAAAAACCCCAUGCCAUUCUCUUCAAAAUUUAACUAGUUUUACUUAUUCUACAUAAGCAUUGUUUUUGCAUUUACCUGGUUGUUAGACUGAAAUAUAAGAUGCUGGUGGUUAUAACGUCCUUUUAUUGAUUUUCCUAUUUGAUAAAUGACAAUAUAUAAACAAAUGGUUUGGUUGUGUUCAUCAGUUGUGUACUACAAAAAUGUACACAGAAAAAAAAUACAGAUUUUUUUUAAUUGUACAUAAACAUUUAACAUUUUUAUACUCAUUUUUAAUACAUAUACCUACAUAUAUAUAAUAAAUACAAAUUAAACUUAAUAUUAAUAAUAUUAUAAUAAACAAUUAAUAUAUUAUAGUAUAAUAAUAAUACAUUUUUUUAUAAAUUAUAAUAAAUAAUACCAAUUUUAAUAUGUAUGUUUAUCUAUAAUCAAUUCUCUGUAGCGUCUCCCUAUAAUGGACGUUUUAUGAUUUCUAGUUAAUGUCCACAGUGUAGAGGUUUUCUCAACAGUGGACAACUCCCUAUAGUGGACCUUUUUUAAUUCUCCAUGGCUGUCUACUAUAUAGAGGUUUCACUGUAUUAUUAUUGUGCAUCUCAUUUAAAUGAAUUAAAUCAGUUUUAUUUGAAAUCACUGUUAUACUUAUCCAAUAUCUACUAAUGCUAUAGACAAAAUAAACAAUGCAAUUUUUAAUGAUUUUCUUUUUUUUCUUUUUCAGAAGUUUUGGUUAUCAUACACUAUUGCGUAGAAUGCCGGAUAUAUUUUCUGUAGUAAUUAAUUUAUUGAAAACAGAUCCUAUUGAAAGUCCUGUAAGAAUUAUAAAACAAAACAUAUGGUCAAUGUUAACUUCCUCUUUGUAAAUUCAUUUUGGUAUUUUGCUAUUAUACACUUUAAAUAAUUUUCUAGUCUGUAUAAUAUUGCAAUUGACAUUUUAAACUUCCUGUUAACAUUUUAUUUUUAUUUUUUUUUACAAAUAAAUACAAAUUACUUUAGUUAAUUUUACAUUUACAGUUUGCUCAAACAGAAAGGGACCAAGUUGUGGAAAAAUUAAAAAUUUUACUUACUGAUAUAUUAACCAAUGAAUCCUUGCGAAAAAUUGAUGGAACGUCUAAAUUAUCAAUAAUGUGGAAUGAAAUAUUAGAUGAAAAAUUUAAUACAAACAAAACUGGUACAUGGUUUGAGACUGAGUGGCUUUUUGCAGAAAACUAUAUGUAUAUGAGAAUACAAGAGGCAAUUGAAAAUACGUAUGUUACCAUAAUGUCUAUUCUAAGAUUAAAAAUAAAAUAUUAUUUCUGCUAACAGGAAAAAUAUGCAAAAUUAUGAUCUUUUUAAACAAUUGAAGGAUAAAGCUUUUGGUGAAUCGGAAAAUACUAUGAUAGCCAUAGCUAAAUUUUUACUUACACGACACAAUAAAGAUGAAGUCAAUACCACCAAAUUAAAAUUAUAUUUUGAGCAAAUGAUAAAGGUAUAUAAAAUAUAUUUUGUAUUUUUUGUUUUCACAAUUGCUUAUGUUAAAAUAAUAUAUUAUUUUAUUAAAUGUAUAUAAUUAUUCUACUCAUUACCAUUAUCAUUAUCAUUAAGUAAGUUUAUUAUGCUACUGUUGAUGUGUACAAAAAUUAUUUAUUUAUUUAGGUUCUUUCUAAUAUAGUCGUUAAAAAGUUCACUGAUAGUUUAUCUUUUGCAGAUUAGUUUGUGGGGUAAUAGAUUUGAUUUAUCUUUAAACAUUCGGAACAAGUCAACAAAUUUUAGUGAAGAUCCAUUAGAAGCUAUUGUAUCAUUAGACAAAUAUAUUUUGGCCAACGACAUUGAUGAUAUUUGGAACACACUAAAUGUUCCCCAUAAUAAUGCGCCAAAGAGAAUUGGUGAAUAAUAACAUUAUAUUAUGUGUUUAUAGGUUAUAGGAAAAUAAUAUUGACUAUUUAACUGAAUUUUAAGUUUGAAUUUACUGUUUUAAAUUACUCAAGCUCAUUUGUAUUUAUUUAUUUAAUUUAAUUAAAUUUUGUCUCAAAUAGUAGGUAUAUUUAAUUUGCUGGAAAAACUCAAUAGAAAUAUUUGAAAUAUUUAUAUUCACCAACUAAUUUUAAAUUCAGGGUGUAGCGAGGAAUUUAUUGGUUUUAUGAUGUUUAUUUAUUGAUUUGUUAUUUUUCUACCAAAAAUCUUGCUCCGAUUUUCAAGUUUAGCACCUUUUCUAACAGGAAAUUUUAUUUAGGUGGUGUUACGGGCGUCGCCUCACUCCCUAAUAAUAUAUCAUAUUAUAUAGUAUAAAGUAUGGGAUUUACUGCUGCACAAUAAUAGGUAAUUUUGGAUAGAAAACUUAUACUUGCCUUUUAUAGACUUGAUACAAUUUUCAAAGCAUUUGAGUCCUUUUUGGACUAUUGAUAUGGACAUUUUAAGUUUGUGAGUUUUUAUGUAAUUUGGUAGGUACUUUGUGGAUAUAGUUAUUAAAUCAAACAGAAAUACUUGAAAAUUUAACAGGAGGUUCAUUUUGUGCUCAGAAAAAAAAAAAAUAUUGUAAUGUAUAAUUUUUUUUAUACAAUUUGAAUAUCAAAUUUUUUACUAAAAUCUUAAAUAUUAUAGCCUUUCAAAACCUGUAUAACUGAACUCCAUUCGGAAUUAUUUUUCAUUAACAAUGAUUAAUCAUUACAUACAGAUAUACAUUAAAUUCCCCUCUAUAUUCUACCUUCUCAAUUUUUCACCUACAACAAUGGCCCACCCAUCGUGCAAAGUAUUUAAUAAAAUUAUAUAUAGACUAUAAAUGAUCUAUAGACUAUAUAGUCUAUCAUCCAUUUAUUUGUCUUUAUACGAGAAGCUUAAUUCAUGGACGAAUCUAAUGGUCCAUCUAUCAACCCAAAGUUCCUAAAUAUGAUUUUAAUUAUAAAACUGAAUGCAAUAUUACUAAAUGCAUGUUUUGAUAUUGUACAAAUAUUUACUAAAGUAGUGAAUACCUAAUACAAAUUUAGUAUGCAUUUACUGUUUUAAAAAAGAAAUUUCGUAAAUUAAUUAUUAGUUCUCAAAAUCUACUUAUAAUCAAAAAUUAUAAUUUUGUGAUUAAAUACAUUUUAUAACUUUAUUUCUGUUUUAAAAUAUUUUUAGAUAUUAUUAUGGAUAAUUCAGCUUAUGAACUUUUUACUGAUUUGUGCUUGGCGGAUUUUUUUAUUACCUAUGGAUUAGCAGAUGUUGUGGUUUUCCAUGUAAAAUCUAUACCUUGGUAUGUAUCGGAUGUCACAAAACUAGAUUAUAGCAAUUUUUUAAAUCGUUUAGAAAAAGAAUGUACUUCAAAAGUCCUUCAAACAAUUGGAAAUAGGUGGAAUAUUCUUUACAAAGCUGGUAAAGUAUUAUUAUUACCUACAUAUCAUUUUUUGACAAAAGUUUCCUAAAUAUUAAUGAUAAAUUUGUAUUAUAUAUAUACAGGUAAAUUUGUUGUUGAAUGUGAGGAAUUUUGGACUUUGCCUUACGAUUAUUCCAAAAUGGUUACUAAAGAUAUUGAGUUGUACAAAAAAUUAUCUAAGUCCCAAUUAUUAAUAUUUAAAGGUAAUGUAUAAAUACGACUCAGUAUAUUAUUUGAAUUAUCAGGAACAUUUAAUUAUAAUAGUUUUUAAUUUAUUAAACUUUAACCUUAUAUUAUAAUGGCAAUAUUUUCCCUAUAUUAUUAAUUACCAUUUAUAAUAUAUUCAUUAUUUCAUUAUAAUUUAUUUAUGUUUUUAUUGUUUUAUUUAUAACAUUUUGACUUCAUAUUUUAUAUGAUAAUAUAAUAUAUGAUUUGAUCAACCUUACUAAAUAAAAUAUAAAAUAUUGUUUGAAAAAUUAAUUUCACAUACCUAUUAUAAUAUUACCAUUAGCCACUUGUAUUAGAUUCAAUAAUAUUUUAUCGCUUUACUAUUUCAAUAAUGUUAAUUUUUGUUUUUAAGGUGAUUUAAAUUAUAGAAAACUAAUAGGGGAUAUUAAUUGGCUACCAUCGACUACAUUUAAGGAUGCUUUACGGGGAUUUCAGCCAACAUCAAUUGUUGCUUUACGUACACUAAAAUGUGACUGUGUAUGCGGCCUUAGUCCUGGUUAUGAAAACAAUAUUGAAGAAAAUGAUAAUGACAAUAACUAUUUGUAUUCUUCAAACUAUUGGCAAGUCAGUGGAAAAUACGCUGUUGUGCAGUUCAAUAAAUAACAUUUUUUUUCCUAUUUAUGCAUUUGAUUUAAUUAUUAUUAUUCUGUUACAAUUUUCAUUCAAAUUUAAAUAUAUUUUCGUAAACAUUUUAGUGGAAUUAAAAAAUUAAUUUUCGUUUUUGAAUUAUUAUCUAAAGCUUUUAUUUUAAACCUGAGGUGUAUUUUGAUGCGUUAUAUUUAGGAUUUAUAGGUGGAGUACUACAAGAUGUGUAGCGGGUAGGUAUGUCGGUUUUAAUUUUUUGAAUAGUCCGAAAGGCAAGUUUUAGAAAUUUGGGAAAAUAAAUUUGAUUAUUUUAAGCAUCAACAAAAUAUAAUCUUUAUACUUUGGGACUACUAAAACUCUGAACAUUAUGGUUUCCAAGAUUUAAUCUUAAAAAUAACAUAUUUGGAUAAAUAUACAAA